UGUCUUAGUUUUUUUAAUUGUCAUUUUCAUUUGAAUUACAAUCGUAUAAAGAACAUUCAGAAUGCAUCCAUCGACGUUGACUUUGGUUUUUUGCAUUAUCGUUUCAUUAGCAAUUUCUGUCAGUGGUGAUGAUUAUCAUAAUUGGCCAGUGCCACCAAAAUCUCCAAAUUUCCGUAAAGAAUAUGAUCAAUUAUUAUUCGCCUUUGUCGAGGAUCAUAUCUAUCGUUCUGAAUCACAGAUGAUUUUGCUAAUGGAAUAUUUUGAUCAAUUUUUAGCCAAUAAAGAAGAUCAAAUGUAUAGAUUUCUUUUGGACGAAGUACAUAAUGAAAUCAAAAUUUUAGAACAAACACAACAAACUACUAAUGAAUAUUUUCAUUCACGUAAUGAUUGGAACCAAUUGGAAAGUUACAUUGGACAAAAAAUGCAGGAUGAAGUGAAUCUUAUGCUCAAUUAUUUUCGAAAACUUUAUGAUAAUAUCAAAAAAUCAAUGGUUACAACGACAACAACAAAAACAAUUUUUAAAGAUUAACUUGUCUCUUAAACAAUUUGU